CAAAGCCAUUCGCGUUGCAACGCGAUCAUCUGGCUCCAGACUACAUUAUAUUUUUUUGGCGUCGUCUUCGUCCAGCAAGCGUGUUCUUCAAAAUAAAAAAGCGUAGAAUAGCUAUCUGGAAUAGAUCAACGUUCUUUUCGUGAUAAUGAGAGAUUCGACGGCACAAGCGAGUCCGUCGGCGAUGCCAGCGACCACGCAAAAGUGGAUCGUUUGCCGGGUUUGCCUCCAGCAGCCGAAAGAGCCCAUGGCCAGCAUUUUUAACGAUGAUUCGGAGAAGGACCUGACAAAUAUGAUCCGGGAAUGCGGAGGAGUGCCCAUAAAGCAGUUCGAUCAUUAUCCGGACAAGAUAUGCGAGAAGUGCUUUAGAGUGCUGAAAAUGGCUUUUAAGUUCCGUGAGACUUGCCAGCGAUCUUAUGGCCAUCUACGGCAGUUCGUGGGUCCCGUGGAGGUGGAGCAGCGAACUCCAGAAAAGAAAUCUCCAGAACAAACCACCAAACAGGAGCAGGAACCCGAGGAGGUGGAACAGGAACAAGAGCAUGAGCAAGAACACGAGGAAGAAGAAGAUGAGGAGGAUCUGGAUGAAAGCCAAUAUGUCGAGGGCGAGGCGGAGGAGCCAACGGAAGUUCAUGGAGGAGUCUUUCACGACGAGCUUGAGGAGGGCAUUCUCGUGGAAUUGGAAAAGGAUCGCAUUGUACAUGUGAAGAGCGAGCAGGUGGAGGAAGAUGGCAUCAUUGAGGAGAUGUACGACGUGUACGAGACCUAUGAAGGUGACCUUAUUACAGACCAGGCCGUUUAUGAGCAAGAUAUGGCCGAUCAAUCGCUUUCCGAGCUAUCAGCAGAGAUUGAAUACUUAGACCAGGUCGAACAGGAUCAAUUGACCGAAAGUGCUCACGAGGACGAGGUAGAAGGUGAUCUGAACUCAGCCGAGGAGGAAUUCAUCCCUACAAAAAGUGUUCGAGCAUCCAUCAAUGCCCGAGGUGUAACUAAGCGCAGAGUCAAUCCCCGCAGGUCAGCUACAUCAACAGCUUCGGUGGCUGUAGCGUCGGGAACCUCCAAAUCAAGUGCCCGCGGUAGUCCGCUUAAAAUCCGGCGUGGAAAUAAUGAUUCAGCUGGUACUAAGAUUGCUCUCAAUUCCGAGGAGUCCAUCUCAAUAGGAGAAGUGCUGGCGCGAAAGCAUUCAGGGAUUAAGACCAAGGGGGGUCAUAAGAUCCUUGUCGGUGACCAGAAGGAGUUUAAGUACAUCUGCGAUGUAUGUGGCAACAUGUAUCCCUCACAGAGUCGACUUACAGAGCACAUAAAAGCUCACUCCGGCGUGAAGCCGCACGAGUGCGAAAUCUGUGGUCACUGCUUCGCUCAGGCUCAACAACUGGCGCGCCACAUGAACACCCACACUGGAAAUCGGCCGUACAAAUGCAGCUACUGCCCGGCAGCUUUUGCGGAUUUGUCCACACGAAACAAGCACCACAGGAUCCAUACCAACGAGCGUCCCUAUGAGUGCGACGUCUGCCACAAGACAUUCACGUAUACCAACACCUUAAAGUUCCACAAGAUGAUUCAUACGGGAGAGAAGCCGCAUGUUUGCGAAAUUUGCGGCAAGGGAUUCCCACAGGCGUAUAAACUGCGUAACCACCGGAUCAUUCACGAACGACGCGGCCAAUCCACAAGGGAAUCCGUCGGCGGUGUGAUGCCCUACGACACGGCCAACAUUGUAGGCCUAGAAAUGUAAAUUUCGAGCGAGGACAUCUCGUCGUCCCAAAGCGACUCUUUAAACAUUAAACAGACACACGCGUGUAAUUACACAUCUAAGUAUAUUGAUGAAAUUUAAGCCUAGCCUAAUUAUGCGGAAAUAAAUUAAGUAUAGCUGCGCA